AGAUCGGAUUGUUUUAAUCGUGCGUGUUAUUGUAUUAGUGUGUGUUAUUGAAUAUUGAUUGCCUACAUAUCAGUGCAAGUGGCAACUUUUUUGUUCUAUAUUUUGGCUUUUGGUCCGUGACUCCUAAACGAGCCACUUACCGCUAUUUUGUAUGUGUUGUUGUUGUUGUAUUUAUAGGCUUAAUGCUAUACUUAAAGUUAAAGUGUUGCUUUAUUUUCAGCAGAUUGCUAUUUUAGUGACUUAUGACACCGUAUCAUAAAGCUUUUAAAGGUUCUUAUUAGAUCAUUGAACCUCAAACAGGUUUAAAUAUACAUAUAUAGUUCGUUGGUCAUUUGAUAUUUCACUUCCUCCUUCGCCGAACUAUAAUUUGAUUUAUUUUGAAUUAUAUUUCAGACAAAUCGAAUCAUUACAGCAUUAAACACGCUAACACGAGCUUGCGUGCUAUUUUCUAAGUAUUUAAAUGUUCGCUCGUUCUUUUGGACUUGGUUGUUUGUUUUCGAAGGCUAGCCCUUUGGACGGACUACCAUGUUUCAGCUUGUUUAUCCUGGAAGUUGUCCAUUCUGCGUUCUCUGUAGUCAAGACCCAACAAGACAAUGUUCUUUGCAGAAUUUAGAUCUAACUUUGAGACCCAACUUUGAGACCCUGCUGUGUCUUUUUCCUUGUUUACCUUACUUCAUUAGUAUUGUCUUAUUGAUAUAGUCUCAAGAAACUGUCUCUUUGACCCAUUAACCCAUGCCUUACACUGUUUCAUACUAGUUCACAGCUUCAUCUGAAGGUACUGCAAAUAUAGUCUCAAUGAAACGUCUCUUGGUAGCCUCAAUCCGUGCCUUCCACAAGACGUAAGUUAAUUAAAUUACGAAGUAACUUAAACCCAGUGAUCUCACUUUGAGAGUGACUAACUAUUGAGAAUGAUGAUCUCGUUUUAAGGUAUUCUUAGUCCACGUAACAUAACGAACUGAAACAGACAUAAUACGAAUAUGCCUGGUAUAGAGUAAAGAUAAUGGUCUGAUUAGAUUAUAUUCGCACGUAUAAAGUUUAGAAAUAUAAGGAUAUCAGGUCACCGGUGCCGGCCGCCGGGGUUUGUUAUACGGACAAUGCUGUAACCAAUGUUCUAUCAGGCACCUCAGUGUAACAUGAUAGUAGGAUGUGCUUUACACCCCCUUUCUCCGGGUCACCUGCUCUUUUAUCGCUCCACCUCUCUUUCUUUGACCUUUGUAUUUUGUCUAACUUUCUUAUCGUGCAGCUACUAACUUCCAUAUUUGACCCAUUUUUGCUCAGUUUUUGUUGUUUAAGCUUUACAUUUGAAGCUUAUUAGAUUCAGCUAAUAGCAUUGCUGCUCUCUACCAACAAAUCUUUGUACCCAACUCCUUACGGCCCUUCAUCCGACAGAAGGGCUUCAUAACGACCCCCUGAUUGCGCUGAAAAGGAGAGUAGAUGAGUUGACAUGAGGCUGAGAAGCACAAUGAAACUCCGGAGUAGCCGCUCUUCCUGGAACUACAUAGCUUCCGGCCCCAACAAGACAAGGAGAAUUUCCUACGACAGUCCUCAGCGUUGUAGAAGAGGAAAAAGGCGGGUGAAAAGGGGCUGUCGUCCGUCACCUAAAGAAGUCAUCCUUCUGAAAAACGAUUUGUUAGACCAGUUUGUACCGGUACAGCUAGUGCGAAGUGUGCAGGACAUGACGUGUACGAUAAACAACACUGAGUCUGACACAGCACCCCCUUCCUCGUGUGCCUACUACAGCUGUGAUAACUGCCCACAAGCCUUCUGUUGUGAGGAGGAGUUUGCGCAACACACCCGCACCCACCACACACAGGCACCGCCCCCCGCAGAGGACAACAACCGGUCCAGUCGGAACACCACGCUGACUUGUCGCACGUGCAGUUACACCGCGCCAGACGCUAACAAGGCGACAGUGCACGAUAACCUCCACAGAGAUCAGAAGAGCGGGGAUAAAGUUUACAAGUGUAAAACCUGCAACUUCUUGUCUUGCUCCAAGAUGGGGGUCACGAUACACAAGCGACUUGAGCACGCCCCACUGAAGUACGAGUGUCCGAUGUGUAACUACUCGUCCUUCAACGCGCGCCACGUGACAGCCCACGUGGAUAAGGUGCACUGCAACCCUGCGAAGAGUCCUGGAGUUGUCUCUACUGCUCCGCUCAGCUUGAAACAGGUUUAAACCUAAAAACUCACCUACAAAGUGAACACGUGGACGAGGCCCAGUUUAAGGAGUUCACAUGUGAUCUGUGUGACUACGUCUGUUACACCAACACAGACAUCGUUCAUCACAUGAAGGCUCACCGAGCCAAGAAGAAGCUCUUCAAAUGUCCAAAAUGUUCGUUUAUAUCGGUAAAAUUCGACAAGUACGCCAAACAUCUGGAUGUUGUCCACGACGAGGUUCAAACAGAGGAAUGCAUGGAGGAGGAACUUGUUAAGGUGAAAACGGAGGAAAAUAUUCCCAAUAUUCCCGUUAUUCGAGUGAUACAGAAGAAGGAAUCUGAAUGUAGACCAAGUACAGAGGAGGUUGAUAUAAAUAAUGUCAUGUACACCCCACCAACUUCUCCUAUCGUUAAAUCAGAUCCUGUUAAAGUUAAAUCAGAUCCGGGCAAUAUAUUUGAUAAAAUCAAUCUCAAGAACCAAGAUAAAGUGAAGGUAUGUAAGGCCGUGGGUCUCAGAGCUUCACCGAGGAAGAAACAAAAGAAUGUCGACACCAAACCGGGCAGACUUCACAAGCUCAGAUUCUCAGGGUCAGGGAUGAUGAACCGCAAGGCACUGAAGAGAUGUCGUUAUUGCACCACUAAAACCAUGUUCGAUACCCUGACAAAGUUACGUGAGCACCAUAUUAAAGCUCACGGUAUUAAUGAUUUGGGAGUGCAGCUCGGAAUGCGCCAAUACAAGUGUAAGUAUUGUCCUGAGAAGGUUGAGUUUGAGGGGUUGCAGGCUCUUAAGGAUCACUACGCUGACUUCCACCCUGACUCAUCUAUGAGAAAACUUGUGAAGCGUUCCAGAUCCCAUAACGAGUCAGAAGAAUCCGCAACCACUGAAACUGUUGAGAUCCCCAUGAUAAAACCAUCUCUGUUAGAUGAAAUCGAAAUAGCAGAGACCAGUUGUGAAACAAAAAGACAAGACAUGUUAGACUGUAUCCUACAAUCCCAGAAACAGAUAGGAAAAGCCCUGAAAGACUCCAGCCCUGAAAGUAACCUCGCUGAUUCCGUUUCCAAGUCCAGAAUAGGCCUUAUAAAUUCUGCUCCCAGUACUGUUUACGAUAAACCACCUAGUGUUAAACCUAUAUUAUUUGAUGAUCAUGUCCAAAUAAAAAACAUCAGAUCAGCUCCACCCACACCCCUAAUACCUCCAGCUACCCUAGACAAUAUUACCGUUAGUUCAACUAACAAGACCAUUCCAGAUUAUCAGGGGAACCUGGGCAACUCCAUCUACAACCUGUCCCUUUCAGAACUGCAGUAUUUACAGCAAUGUUAUCUGUAUCAGGCGUAUUGUAUGAACAUGUAUUACACCGACCCAAUAUACCGACAAUACGUACAUGAGAAGCAGCAGGAAAUGCUUCUGGAGCGCACUAGAAAAGAGCAGGAAGCACAAGCUCCCUCCCCUCCCAUCUUCACUCAGCGUCCUAUCGUUAAAAUAUCGGACCCCCGAUCACUUGCUCAACCUAGCUCUGUUGUUCAACCUAUUGUUGCAUUAGAGCUGACAAAACCCAAACUCGGCUCACCUCCGGAUCCUAGCUCCCACUCGAAUCCCACUAAUCCAGAACAUCCAGGUCCCCAGCAAUGUUUUGUGGCAUCAUGUCCCUUCACCACUACCCGUUUACUCGAUCUUAAGAAGCAUAUUUCAGAGGAUCACAACAUCAGAAUAACGGAAACAAUGGAGGCUGAGCUAGAGAAAUUGAUUAAAGCUCAGGAGGGCAUGAAGGUUCCUGAUCAGAGGUUGAUUCCUAAUGUUACUAUGGCUAAUCGUACCUACCCUUGUUCACAUUGUUCCCAAAUAUUGGGCUCUUUCGACUCGUAUGUGCAGCACAUGAUAGAGGUGCACCGCAGUGAACUAGGGAUCGUCAGCCAGGGCACCCACCCCAACACCUUCAACACCCACUUCACAGGACCACCUAAAACACCGGUCAGUAACACCAUGGUUAAUAAUACACUUUUGCCCAGCAAAGCUGGUGCUAUGCCCACCAUCACAAUCAAAUCCGAUAUCCAGUCGCCGUCAAGUAGCAGAAGCUGUGGGGAGCCCAGCACCAGCACGGGUGUUAAUGGGAGUGUCGGGUUCGAGUGUACCUCUUGUUAUCAUGUGGCGCAGAGCGCUGAGGCACUGAUGAGGCACGAGAAAGUGCACUCUGCGACCUAUCACAAGUGUGGUGUGUGUGAUUACAUGGCCCCGUCCGAGGGCUCACUAAAUGUGCACAUGAACGUUCACAAGACUUAACGAAUAGGAGACACGUGUCUUGAUAAUUGAUUUUGUGUGUUUUGUUAUGAAAGUCAAAUUUGAUUUAAUGAUUUUUGCAUAAUUUGCGACUAUUCUCGUUCAUAAAGUUCAUAUUACUGAAAAUAAGUGUUAUGUGAAGUAAGAUCAUUUUCAAAUUACCUAGUUCACUAUAAAGUUGUUCGUUCUAUUCAUGAAUUUCAGUUCCGAUUCGACCAGAAUAUGACUCACUUGUCUAAUCGAGAAUUAGACAUACUUUGCCCUUUUAGGAGAUUCCCUUACUGCACACGAAAACCAAGUACAUGUAUUACAUAAAUUUGUUUUAAGUCCGAGUAAUGAACUCUUAUACGGAGGCCCAAUACAAAAGAUGAGCAUCUAAAGUCUAAACUUUCUUUCUUUAGAAUUGCACUUCAUAGAAUUGUACUUCAUAGGAACAUGUUCAAGGGUUCACAAAAGUUGUUACAUUCCAAAAGUUGUUACAUUCCCUUAUGUAUAAAAAAUUACGAGAUUUGAUGCAAAUUGGAGAAAAAUAUCAAUCCAUUACGAUAAUUUGUCGACUCUGAUUGCCUCUAACUUUAAGGAUUAGUUUGGGCUCUGUGUUACUAUUCAUAACUCGUCAAGUUAGACCCGCAAUGUUUAAACCUAUUUUGACAGCUUUGAAAAAAAUUUAAAACAUUCUUGUAUUCUGUUAGGGAAUCAAAUCAAUUAAUUGGUUAAUUGUUAAAAGUACCGGCUUUCAAAAUAUUAAAACCAUGUUCUCCCGCUGUUGAGUUCAGAUAUUAGCAAAAUUGUACACAAUUUGUAAACCUUCCUGUCUAAUUGAAUAUUGAUUUCCCAUACCACGAGUUCAUUAUUUGAUUUUUAGAUAAUAUUUUAAACUUUUUAUCGUGUUUUAUAACAACACGCAUCACAUCUUGAUCUUCGUACGAAGUAUUAUCUUAUGUUUUUAAUUUUCCUAAUUAAUUUUAAUUUAUCUGUUACAUAUAUUUUAUUUCCAAAGAAA